GGGUUGCAGGGAGGGUCCCUGGGAGGGGAGGGGGGUGGAGACAUGUCUAAGAUGCUUCUAAGCAUCAUUUCAGCAGUAAAUGUAGUGUAGUUUUAUUAGAUAGCUCUUCCAUCUCCUUGGGUUCUACUUGAAAAAUAUCUUCUUUCCAUUGAAUUGAUACUAAUCAGUCACUAAUGAUUUUUUAGUGAUAGGUAAGUUGGAGGGUUUUAUAUUUUUUUGUUAGAACAGGGCCCAAUCAUCCGGGACAAGUAGAUAUCCCUGCCAGGCAAGUGACUUUUUAUUCUCACUCGCCUGAUGGGCAAGGGAUCAGGUAAGUCCUCUACCAAUGAGAUAAAAAAAGAGCAACCUGAGACUUGCUCAGAGGAAGCACAAUUUGAGAGCUAAUUGUCCAAAGAGCAAGCUGGAAGUCAAGUUGUUUUUAGCCCUGUAGAUGGCAGGAAGGAGAGAAGGGACUUCUUAUGACUCAUUGCAAAUGUUUGUUUUAGAGGUCUAUGACUCACACUUGGUACCUAAUUAUUCAGGAGAGGGCUGGAGAACUACUUACACUAGCAGCCCAUUUUUCUCUUUCUCCUUCUUCUCUCUUCCUCUCCCCUCACUUCUCACUACCCCUCUGACCAUACCACCCACCCACCUUGACUUUGCAAAGUUAUAAAAAAAUUACACUUUUACACACUUUUACUAUUCUGCAGAAAUCACCUUAAUGAAACAAUGUAAUGGCAGCAACCAAUUUGAAGUAUGAUUUCUCAACUAAGAAAUUUAAGGUGUCAUCACCUUCGCUGUCUUCACCUGGUUCAUCCUCGACACUAUGCUAGCCUUCAAUCAAUCAAACCUAAGGCUGUGGCAUUUGACAUGGGUGGAGUGGUGCUCCCUUCUCCAUUGCCCUUGAUUGAUCAGUUUGAAGAUAGUCAUGGCCUACAAAGAGGUUCUAUUGCCUCAGCUAUCAAUGCUGGUGGCGAGAGAGGUGUCUGGGCACAGUUAGAAUGUGGAACUCUCCUACCAGGAGAAUUUGCUCAGAAAUUUGGAGACGUUGUACAAUCCAUGACCCAGCAAAAUGUAAACAUGACGGAGCUGUUACCAAGCAUUCAGACAGCAAUGUUUGAGCCCUAUCCUGAGGUCCUAACAGCAAUUCAGUGCAUCAGAGCAGAGGGCUUAAAAACUGCCUUAGUAACAAACAACUGGUUGAUGAAAAAUGGAAAGUCAUUUUGCCCGGUAGAUGUGGAACAUUUUGAUGUGGUGUUAGAGUCUGCAUUAGAGGGAACAAGGAAACCAGAAGAGCAAUUUUAUCUCAAGCUGCUUAACAGACUCAAGUUAAAUCCAGAGGAGGUGGUGUUUUUAGAUGAUUUUGGCCAAAAUUUGAAGACUGCACAGAAAAUGGGCUUUCACACAAUUAAGGUUGAUGACAUCAAAAGUGCUUUACAUGAACUGGAGAAUGUACUUAGUUUCCCACUAAAAGGAUUUGUUCCCGGUACCACUGCAGUGCGUAAAGCUCAUCAGAUUCCUGUUGAUUCCCUUGUUGGUUAUCUGCAGAAGGAGCUUGGUUUGCACCAAGGAGAUCCUCCCAUAGUUCGUCAGUUCAAACAUGGCCAAUCCAAUCCUACAUACUAUGUGGAAUAUGAAGGACAACGGCUGGUCAUUAGGAAAAAGCCUCCUGGAAAGCUUUUACCUUCUGCACAUGCUGUGGAAAGGGAGUACAAGGUGAUGAAAGCCCUUGGUUCUGCUGGAGUUCCUGUUCCAAAAACGUUAGCCUUAUGUGAGGACAGUAGCAUUCUAGGUACUCCAUUUUAUGUUAUGGAAUAUGCUCAAGGACGCUUAUUCAAAGAUCCAUCGUUGCCCAGUAUGACAGUGGAGGAAAGGAAAGAAAUUUAUCAUGCGAUGAACGAGACACUUUUCAAAAUUCACAACGUGGACAUUGAUGCUGUUGGUCUAGGGGACUUUGGCAAGCGAGGUAACUACAUUCGUCGUCAAACAGAGAGGUGGGCCAAACAGUACGAAGCCAGCAAAACACAUGAAAUACCAGCUAUGGACAAGCUUAUAGCGUGGCUGUUAGAAAAUGUUCCGGCAAAUGAUUCUACAACCGUUGUUCAUGGAGAUUUUAGGUUAGACAAUUUAAUUUUUGACGAGAAAAAGCCAGAAGUAAUAGCUGUUUUAGACUGGGAACUAUCAACUCUGGGUGACCCGCUGUCAGACUUGGCAUACAACUGUCUACCUCAUCAUCUCGCUCCAGAUUUUCCAGUUCUAAAGGGCUUUGCUGAUCGUGAUCCGAGUUCUCUCGGUAUUCCGAGUGACGCGCAGUACAUGCAGGAGUACUGUCAGCGAGCAGGGAUCCCUCCUGUUGACAACUGGAACUUCUACAUGGCAUUUUCGUUUUUCCGUGUGGCUGCUAUCCUUCAAGGUGUCUACAAAAGAGGCUUACAAGGACAAGCCAGCUCUGAAAAUGCCAAAGCUGUCGGUAUGCUGGCGGAGACGAUGGCGAAGACCGGGUGGAGACUGGCUGGUAAGCAAGGCACUGGGUCCAACAGUGGUGCCAGUGGAGGUGGCCUGGGAGGAGCAAAGAGAAUGUAUUCCACUUCCUCUCAUGUUGGUACAUCAGGUCUCCUGCCAAUUGACCUCAAGGCUCUUCCAUCUCACGUGCAAGAAAUGUAUAAACAAUUAUCAGACUUCAUGGAGGAACACGUGUAUCCCAACGAGGCUGAAUUCAACAGGCACCAGGCCUCUGAACAUUGCUGGACUCCGCAUCCUUUGGUGGAAGAGAUUAAGGAAAAAGCUAGAUCAGCAGGAUUAUGGAAUCUGUUUAUUCCAGUUGAAGCGGAUCCUGAAGUCAAAUAUGGCGCUGGAUUAACGAAUGUGGAAUACGCUUACCUGUGUGAGGUGAUGGGAAGAUCAGUAUACGGACCUGAGAUGUUUAACUGUUCUGCCCCAGACACGGGCAACAUGGAAGUUCUAAUAAAAUAUGGCACUAGUCAACAACAGGAGAGAUGGCUGCAGCCUCUUUUAGAUGGAAAAAUAAGAUCGUGCUUUGCUAUGACUGAGCCUAAGGUAGCCUCAUCAGAUGCCACUAACAUCGAGUCGUCAAUUACACUUGGUGGAGAUCAUUAUGUCAUCAACGGACACAAAUGGUGGACAUCAGGUGGAAUGGAUCCUCGAUGCAAGAUUUGUAUUUUUAUGGGGAAGACUGAUCCCGAUGCUCCUAAACACAAACAGCAGGCUAUGAUCCUUGUUCCCAUGGACACACCCGGAGUCACUGUUGUACGACCCUUGUCUGUUCUCGGCUACCAAGAUCCACCAUGUGGUCAUGCUGAGGUCAUGUUCCAAGAUGUUCGAGUACCCAAGGAGAACAUUUUGUUGGGUCCUGGGAGAGGAUUCGAGAUUGCCCAGGGUCGCUUGGGUCCAGGUCGUAUUCAUCAUUGCAUGCGUCUGAUAGGUCAGGCCGAGAGAUCCCUGGAACUCAUGAUUGACAGGGUCAGGAGCAGGGUGGCUUUUGGCAAACCACUGGUUGAACAAGGAACCAUUUUACAAGACAUAGCUGAGUCUAGAACAGAGAUUGAACAAGCCAGGCUUCUGACACUGAAGGCUGCCCAUUUAAUGGAUACAGUGGGAAAUAAGGUCGCUGCUCCAGAGAUCGCCAUGAUUAAGAUUGUUGCACCCCGGAUGGCACAAAAUGUCGUCGACAGAGCUAUGCAGGCUUUUGGAGGAGCGGGUCUUUCUUCUGAUCAGCCGCUGGCCCAGUUUUGGUCGUGGGCUCGCAUUCUUCGUCUCGCAGACGGUCCUGACGAGGUGCAUCUUGGGGCUGUGGCAAAGCGAGAAGUAAAAAAAGCUAACGCCAAGGAACAGUAAAAUACAGUGUAACAGAUGACAACAGUACAUCAAGUCCUGUACUCUAGCUUCGUGUUCAACAUUCUUUACAGGUGCUGAUACAAAGACUGUAAGAUGUGUUCCUUCUGCUAAAUGUACAAUGUCCAUUCGCAGGCGACCAACGUUCACAGAAAACGAUUUGAAUAAAAAAAGCUUUUUUUCCGGACCAA